GUCGGCGAGCAGGCGAUGAGGGAGCUCGGAGGGGAGGAGGGCGCCGAGAAGCUCCAGGAGGACUACUCACUUCUCUGUCAGCUGAUUGACACGGCCUACCACGGCACCGCCAGAGAGAUCGAGGUCAGCUCCACGCCCGACCGAGUGCUCGGCCUGUACAGAAGCGGCCCAGCCGCCGACGGCCCCGGGGUCAGCUGGCUCCGCGGCUGUCCGACGGUGGCCUCGCUCGCCCAGAGGGCCUACAGAUGGUCGCUGAAGCUGGCGUUGGACUCUGUGCUGCUGGGCGGUCUGGAUUCGGACGACGAGCUGCUGGACACGCUGGAGGAGUACGCGGCCAGCUGGUACAUCGGCCUGGACGCCGACCCGGGCUGGCGCGACGCCGUGCUGGAACAGACGCCCUUUCUCUUCUCGCUCGGCUACGACGACGUUCGAAACACGUACACCUCACACCUGCUGAGCCUGGGCGACCAGACGGUGUCUGUGGGUCGGCUGAGUGGCGAGCUGGUGCGCGGCGUCUGGGCCAGCCUCGCGCUCGAGCUGCUCUACGUCACCAACGAUGACGAGGAGCGCUAUAGCAUCCAGGCGCACUCCACCAUCCUGCGGAACUUGACGGUGCAGGCGGCCGACCCCCCGCUCGGCUACCCUGUGUACGCGGGCGAGCCGCUCCGCAGUAGCCACGUCUAGCGCGCGGCCCGCCGUGGCCCCACGAGAGCACCGGAUGAGCGGCACGUGGUACCGCGGGUUCACAUGUGCGCUCACGAGAUUUGCGGGGGUGAUGGAGAGGCCGCGUGCUGCACGUGGCGCCGUACGCCGCGCCCCGUUACCGGCCGUUGGUGGGCGUGGCCAGGCGCUUCAGCGCUGCGGGGCUGGCAGCCCCGCCGCUGCCGGCUGCCGCGCUCGCUCGCGGAGAUGCGGGCACUCACUGACACCGAUGGCGUGUCUCACCGACGUUUGGUCUGCACUGUGAUGGUGUUGAUAUGUUUGUUGGUGUUGGUUUGACGCUGUUGACCCCGAACGGGACUGUCCACCUCAUUGUUGUCUUGGGUGCUGGAUGUGGGGGAGGGGGGGAGGGGGGGGAGGCAUUGGAACACGUAUUGGCGAUCCACCGUCGGGUGAUAACCCUUCCGAGUAAAUGUUGUGUACCGUUGUUUGUAGUCGUUCCGGGCAGUCCAUGCCCGCGUUUGUGGUUCCUCGUCUCCGUCCCGCAUAGGUGGCUAGAUAUGUGUCAUGUCGUACCACAUGUGCUCCACACUCGUCACACAGGGGACCUGAGUCGCUAUCACGUGACCGUUUCUAAAGCUCGGGUCCGGCCCGGCGUUGCUGUGAGCACGGUGCACAUCUGUGUCGAUCUGUUGCGUCUCGGUAUCUUCCGCUCUUGGGUUCAUCCUUGUUCGGAUCGCCGGCGCGCUCAGCAGAUUGCCAGCACCAGCUCUCACUGUAGCAGGUACCGGGGCACCUUGUCUAGUCUGCGAGCGUUCGGCAGGCGAUGCUAGUCAUAUUCCACUCGGCGCAUAUCGUCACUAGUCACCUGCGGCCGGGUUGUUGCGUCUAGGUACGGCGGCUGCUGCACCGACGUGUGCACGACACGUGUGGCCCGGCUCUCGGCUGGAAGGGGGGCGGGGGGAGACGGGCAUUUGUGUGGAUGAUACGCGUCAAAGCACGACUGUUACCCUAUGUGAUAAAGUCCGGCCAGGGGAUUGCUGUGCGCCAUGGGAACACGUUCCAGGCGAUGAACUACACCGUCCAACGCGCCUGUGAUCUCGUCAGUGUACAAACGUAGCCACCGCCGCCGUUUGCGACCGAUUCCGUCCAUAUGUCAUACGCUGAUGCUGCUGACGAUCCUGGUAAGGUUCCGUGGCGCCCGUGUCACGGAGUGCACUCGGUGUGCUUGGGUGGAGUCUGCAGAGGGAAAGGGCGUGCUUAGGGAUGCUGCGAGCUCUGCCAGGAGGAUCCGGCAGGCUCAAGGCCGGUUCCGGUUCGGGUUGGAACGCCAUGGCGCUGCGGGCGGGCGGAGGGUGGUGGCCUGGCCUGCCGGAGUGCGCUUAGCUGCGUCAUAAAGGUGCGCCGGCACCAAAAGCUAUUUUUUAGAUCGAUAGCCAAAGGCCAGGAGUGCUCAACGGGAGGUGCUCAGACCUGGUUCCGACAGUGCAAUGGACGCGUUUGUCAAUAAAUAUGC